AUGGUGAACACCGUUGUAGUGUUGGCGGCGUGCGGCCUGUUGGCUGCCACGCUCGUGGAUCAGGCGUGGUCGGCCAACGGCCCGGUCAUCCAGCAAUGUCCCUCACACGGAGAUAUCCAACCGUGUGUGUGCACGGUCAAGAAGAACGGCGGCCUGGACAUACUAUGCGAGUUCACCGAUCUCCAGCACAUAUCCAGUACGAUGGCCGUACUCAAGGGCAAGCCCUCGCUGGUCAUAUUCUACCUAAAGCUCCGGCACAACAACCUGCCUAAGCUCCAGGGUUUCGUGUUCCUGGGCAUGGACAUCAGACACCUGACCAUACACAACAGCACGCUGGCCGUGGUCGAGGAAUCAUCACUCAGUUCUAUCGGUGAGCAGCGGGAAACCCAUUUCAAAUUUACCAUAGAUAUAUUAAUGUGUAUACCCCGUAUCCCUAUAUGCCCUACACGGCAUUAAUAUCGGCAACAUCGCGCGAGCCCGAUAGACAUUAUUCAUUUGUUUUAACCAAUAUACGUUUCCGAACAAUAACAGAAAAAUUAAUUUCAUAAAUUAGGAUAAAUUCACGACGUGAAUGUACAAACUCUUCUCCAGUGCAGGUUUUGGUAAAUACUAAUAAGUUAUAAGUUAUCGUCUGGCUUUCAGACAAUAAUUACUUAACGAUGAGAACGGUUUUCUUUAUCUACUCGUGCGCAAUCUGGAUUAUAAUAAUAAUAUUAAUGUACUAAUAUGGCAAUGAAAUGUACAUGUAUCUGUUGAUCCUCCUCAGCCAAGUCUGUAAAGUGCGUUAAGUGACUCAGGCAGACACCGAAGUAAAUUUUUUUUAGGCAUGUGAAUGUAUACAUAAUACGUACACAUAAUAUAGCGUACAUCUUAUUAUCUUUUUUUGUGGAAAUAUUCUUAAUAAUAUUAUGAUCAUAUAGAUAACAUUUAGGCCAUAUUGGUUACCAGUCGCUCUUUAAUAUAGCUUCUGUCUCUUUUCUCUUUUUUGUUUUUUACUAAAAGCCGUGUCUUGUCACCAUAGAUCUAAAUUUCCAUUUUUUCUCUGUUCACAGCUAAUCUCUUCAAUCAGCAUACCGUUCACCCGUCCUUCAAAUACGUUUGCUAGAAACAAAUUGUGCCUCAGGAGUUAUUCGAACAUUUUUCCGUUCCUUUCUUUUAUAUUACUGUGCUUCUGUUAGUAUAAGGCGUUACCUGCUAUACCGUUAACGCUAGAUUAUUUAUAGAAUUUAAAUAAAUAUUAAAAACGCCAAUAUCGGUCCUUAUAGUACCUACCUAUUGUAUAUAAAUAAUAGAAACGUUUUGUAGCUCUCGCAGUGGUUAUAACCUAUGAUUUUCAGAUUUGUUUUUUUUCUAAGUGGUAACCUAGUUUUUAAAAGCCAUUCUCGUUCGACACAUAGCUUGAAAACCAUACUACUGUGGCACCUUGCACUGGAUCGAAUAAGAAUCUCCCUAGUCCCCACUUCGUCGAUCAAUAAAAACGCACCGAGUUUAAUAGGUACCUAUAUUUAAAACGAUAUAAUAAUAAUAAUUCGCCGAAUAAAAACUAGUUAAAAUAUUCAUAUUAUAGAAAACAAAUCAUAAAUAAAUAUAAUAUACGACACGAAAAUAUUUCGCAAUAAUUUCACAAGCUUUUUGCCUAUUGGGUUUUCAUCGAACAGGCACGCACGAUGAAAAGAAAACAAAUGCGUAUUCCGGGGGAAAAAAUGUGAUAAAAAAAAUACUCCAGUAUAAUGAUAUAUUUAUUUACGUCCACACGGACAUUUUCCCAAUGGACUGUUCCAUAUUACGGAGUAUCGGCCCAAAAAGUAAAUUUUAAAUUCAAAAUAAUAAUAAUUUACUAUACGUUAAUUACGUUAUCGUUCAUUUUUUUUAAUCCACUUAUUUUUUUUUAUAUACGAUAAAAUUACAAUCAAUUUAAUACAAAAAUAAUAAUUUUUUUAUGUAUAACUUGCAUUUUUUUUUUUUAAUUUUUAAGUUAAUGAAUUUAUGGAGAAAUAUUUUUUUUUAAAUAAUAAUUCAUAUUUUACCAAUAACAAAAUUCCCAGCAAAACCUAACGUUUUAUUUUCUACCUCAUACAUUAGAUUUUUUAUUUAAUUUAUUUUUUUUAAGUUUUAAAAACACAAACCGCCUCAUUGAUCAUUCUUUACAUGAUUGAACGGUUUGUGAACUCAAACUUGACAUUUUUGUAUAAUUACACCAGAAUACGUAAAAGUGAAUAAAGAUUUUUUUUAUAAAAUGCCGAUAUUAAAAUUAAAGAAAUUUUAAAUAUCGAAUUUGUAUUUUAAAACGAGAUUUUAAAAGUUUUUCUAACUGAAAAUAAAGGACAAACGCGAUAAACUUAAUAUCCACAGCAUACAUAAUGUUAUUAAAAUAAAAUGUCAUUGCGUACGAAGAUUCGACACUUAAGUUGUACUAAUGUCUUGUCAACAGUAUAAAAAAAGGAAACAGCACAAUUCAAUCUGAAAUCCGAGUAAUAUUAUACCUCUUGUUACCAAACCGAUAUAGAUGACGAAAAAUAAGCCAUCAUAAAAUAUGCCAGCUUUUAAAUUCUGAACACAGCGAAAAAUGUAUUGGUUUAACUAAAAUGUAUGUGGUUUUUUUUUUAUCUGUGAACAAUUGUCUACUAGAAAGCAUGCUGCAAAGUGUAGCAGCUUUUUUCGGAAAGAAAAUAUUGUCUAGUUGGUAUACCGAGGAUGUCAUUUGUUUAUUUCUCUUGUAGUUUUCUUAAUAUUUACUAAAAUGUAUGCAAUAACAAUGUCCGUUAAUUUUCGAUUUUAUUUUUCCUCCUCGUUUUUGCCAUUCGACAAUGUUAACUGAUAUAAUUUUUUUUCGCCAUAUGUUAUCCAUGUAAUAUAAUUAAAUUAAUAUGUAUUUGUUUUUUUUUUUUUUUUGUAAUAUCUAAAGGAAAAGCCCUCACCCAGUUGGAUCUGUCUCAAAAUUCGUUGGUCAACGUACCGACACCGGCGCUGAAGAGCUUAGAUCGAUUGCUGAUAUUCAAUUUGAACCAUAAUAAAAUUAACUUAAUACACGCCAACGCUUUCGAGGGCAUGAGCACAUUGGAGAUAUUGACUCUGUAUGAAAAUCGGCUUACUUCCAUCGAACGCAACGCGUUUGCCGGCACGGAAAAGUAUAAAUACGCACAAAUAUUCAUAUUAUAUUAUAAUAUUAUUUUAACACGAAAACCAUAAUUUAAAUCAUGUAUUGUUAAAUAUCUAAUAAAGCAUUCUGGUCCGCAGGAAACUCAAACGUUUGAAUAUCGGUGGCAACGAGUUGAGCCAGGUGCCAACCGAAGCUUUGCAGACGAUGGACAACUUGAAAAAACUAGAAAUCCAAGAAAAUAAAAUAACAUCGAUCAGAGAGGGUGACUUCAUAGGUAUAUAAAUUAUAAUAAAAUAUUAGUCUUUCUUUUGUUCAUUUAAAUAUUAUUAAACCGUACCUUUACCCUCAAUCCUCGUCUUAUAUUAAACUAUAUGAUGUUUUUUUAAUAAAACGAUGUCCGAUUGUUUAAGGUUUAAAAACGUUGGACAUGCUGAUCCUGGCACACAAUUACAUCAAGGAGAUACCAGCUAAAGUUUUUCAAAAUUUGCCCAUGUUGAAUUCGCUGGAGUUGGAUGGUAAUCAAAUAUCGUACAUAGACAAAGACGCUUUUCUCGGUUUAGAAGGUAAAUAUUAAAAAAAAAAAUGUUAUAGUACGUAAGAACAAAAUAAAUAAUACAAAGGGAAAACAUUAGAAGUAGCUUCGGGAAUUCCGUUUUUUCACUACCGCGAUCGUUUUGAACAGACGCGCAAUGAUUGCGAAUUUUAGACAAACGUGUAAGUUUUAGACUCUAAAUACUGGUUUAUGAUUAUUAACUAUUCUAAACAAUAGCUUAUAUAGGUUUUUAUUAAGAAGAAAGGAGAUAUUGAAUUUGGAAAUUCUGUCAUAUUGUAAAACAUGUAUCUAAAGACUUUAGAAAAAAAAAGAACAAUUUUUCAUUUAUAUAAUUCGUAUAAGUAAUUUAUAAUUCAAUAUUUCAAUCUGCUCUAAUAUUUUCAAUUUAAUCAAAUAACUUAACAUUAUAGUAAUUAAUGUUAAGAGUUUAUUUUCUAUUUAGAUAACAAUGUCCUUUAAAUUAUAAUGGUUCAAAUAGGUCUUGAUCCAAACAUUACAAUUUAGUUCAGGCUCAUUUUCAGGUAGUCUAACCUUAAGUAGAUACCUAAUUAAAAUACAUUUAUGGUUUUUUUGACUAAAAAGGAAAAAAAAAUAAUUUAAAAAACACAUAAGUAGCCACAUAAAUCGAUCGAUAAUUUAAAAAAAGGGCCAGUGAGGAGGUAUAUCACAGUGAUUUUUCCUCAUACGCUACUAAUUCCGAGUAAAAACCUUGUACUUUUGCCAUUAACUCGUAAUUUUUAACACAUUGAAAUUCAAUGAAUAUAAUAUCAAAUGUCGACUGCGUGUCUUUAAAACGUGACUGACAUUAAACUUUUUGAGCGUGUUUACUUAGUAUCUAGGUGCCUAAAAUAAAAAAAAUAAAAAGGUAAAUCGCCAAAAAAAAAAUCUACCUACAUAACUAAUAAUUAUUAUUCUCUAUUGCUCCGAACUCUCAAAACUCGAACUUGUUGCAGACAAGUAAAGUGCAACAAUUCCGUAAGUGCGUUCAAACUUACCUAUGUAAAGGUAUUGCUAUUUUAUUACUCGCUAUUGCGAGUAAUAAAAUGUUCGCGUGUUCGGAAUUCAUAAAGAUAAUAAGACAACGAGUUAACUGAAGCAUAAAAAUUAAAACAACGAUUAACCAGCCGUUUUAUUAGGUAUUUUUGUUCACAGUUUUUGCUCUAUUUGGUAAAAUGUACUUAAACGAUAAAUGUAUACGGCAUUAAACAACUCACUAAUUUAAUGGUACUUAGUAUGAGUUAUUAUUUUUUUUACCUUCAGAAAAGUGAAUAUAUAUAUAUAUAUAAAUUUAAAAAAGAAUAGUGAACAGUUAUUGUUUGUGUUCUACGAAAACUGAAAAAUGAACGGUGGACGAAAAAUCGACUUUUGAAUCUCGUGUGUAAUUUUAAUUCGUUUAGUCUAAUAUAUUGAAUAACCGAAUAUUUUCAUUUAUUUUCCUUUAGUGUUGAAGUUAAAUUAAAAUUUACUUCAUUUCAAUUGUUCCGGUUUACACUGCCACUUUAAAAUUGUUGAAAUGUUGAAGCCAUUGUACACGGUGUUCCUUUUAUCUCCAAUACAAUAUUAUUUAGUUGUAAAUUUAAAUGUGUUUAAUACAUUAUACAAAAUAAAUCAAACUCUUAAGAUUAAGAGCUCUCUUGUUAGAAUAUUAUCAUAAUAAUCGUUCGCUAAAACAUUUGGAUUUUAUGCGAAUGUAACCCGUAUAUUAUCGGCAAUUUUUUUUAAUAUAAUACGAAGCUGCGGAUAAAUACGUUUAUUUUUAAUAUAAUAACUAGGUACAGGAAAAUAAAAUAAAAAAUAAUGAAAUCGUAAUUACCGUAAUUUGACCCGUUUUUCUCUAGUAUUUUAGCAAUUAUUUUGAAAACUGCUAAAAAAAUCAAAAAAUGACCUUAUAACCAGACAUAGUUUACUUUCAGAAAAAAUGCUACGCUUGAAGUUCUAAGGAAUAUUUUAGAAAAGUUGUUAACAGACAGAAAAAAAUAAAAUUAUAUAAACACAUCAUAGUAAAACCAAUACGUCUCUUUGUCUUUCUCAUCGUGACUAUAGUGGUGUGAACAUUUUUAAGCAUUUUAAUAAACCGACAAAUAUUGUUUAUAAGUAAAUAGUUUUCUAGGUGAAUCUAAACACUGCCCAUAUAAGGUUAUAAGAUGGCAACAAACACGUUUAUUUCUUUAAAAACACAUACCUACUGCCUAUAAUAUUAAACUGCAAACUUAUAAAAGAUACUUUUUGAAAGUAUUUUGGGUACAAAUAAAGGUAUUAUAUUAAAAAUUAUUUUUCUUUAAAAUACGUAUUCCAGUAUGCAUAUAUUUUCAAAAAUUAUUUACAAAUACUUCCAAACACGUUGUUAUUUGUUUGUUUAAUUUUUUUUUGUAUUAUUAAAUAUCAGUGCAAUUUAAAAUAUUUAACUCUAUUCAAUUUCCAACAUGAUUCCAUACAAUGUGCAUUAAUUUAAUAUAAUAUAGAAAAGCCAUUUGAAAUAUUAUAGAAGUAUUUAAAACAAAUAUUCGAUUUCAAAUACCUUUGGAAUAUAUUUAGAAAUACAAUACGGUGUAAUUUUCGUAAUAGUAUUUAAAAUAUGAAUUCAGAUAAUUUGUAUUUAUAUACUUUACAAUAAGUCUGCGGUUAGCCAUAUUGAAUUCAAUGUAUGAAAAUAAAACUUUAGAUCGACGCAACGCCCGGGGUCGCUACAAAACAAAAAACAUUUCUGUUCCGAACGAUUUUUAUAACGCACAGCACGAAAAACGUGGACAAAGAAAUAAAAGAAUGAAAGAAAGAUAAUACUGCGGAUAGGAAACAAAAAAAAAACAUUUAUUAUUACGACGACGACGAUGACGGAGAUGAUAGUUUUCGGGUGUAAAAACUAGCCGCAAUCGAGAUAUCGAACGAAAUAAUGGCUCUUGUUUUUGUUCAAGAAUGGUUUUUUAUUAUUUUUUUUUUUUUGACACCACCGUUUGCUGCGGAUAUCGAAUUCCCGUGUAUAGGGACCUACCCGUAAAUACGCGAAAGCGCGCCCUGUAAAUUAUACGAGAAUAAUAAUAUCCGUUUCGGUUCAUAAGUAUACGAACCGAAUAAUGUAAAAUUGCUUUCGUCGUCGUCGUUAUAUCCGCUCGUUAACCGACAUCAAUAAUAAUUGGUGCGCCUAUAAUACUUAAGUGCGUAUUAUUAUACUAAAUGUGGAAAAUUAAUCAUUCUCGGCCGUACAAUAUGAUAAAAGCCCCUCCUAUACACGUGACGUACGGCUCCUCUCGAACAAGUGAUGCACCGCUCUCGACCAACGGGUUUUCAAAUAUAAUAUAAACGAUCCAGACUCGGUUUUCUUGUGUCGUACGACUUCUAUACUAUACUUUUAACUAUAUAUACCUACGGUGACGGGCGUAAAAUGAAGAAAACCACUCGAAACGUUGGUGAAAGAAAAAGGUGAGAACAGAGGGGAAGUGGGGAAGGUGAAGGCAAAAAAACGCUCGUUAAAAAUAAAUUACAGACUUCACGGAAGCGGAUUUACAACGGGCGAGCGGCGGCGUUGUAUUUUUCUGAACGCGAGAAGUGUCAAAAGCACAGGGCGCGUGUCCGUUUUCAUUUACGCGGGUCGGAAAUAGCUACGGGGGAAAAAGUCGUAGUUAUAUUAUAACCUUGUGCGAGCUGUCUACAAAAAAAAAAUAAACGCAUUUCUCGAAGUGAAAUAUUGAUGUCACCGUCACCACCACCGCUCCCGGUCACUUGACAUUUUCCGACCCCCUGCCGACAGGACAAGAAUACAAAAAAUGUUUUUAAAAUUUGUCAAAAUGUGUAUGUGUGUUUAUGGGUGUGUGAUCGAAUGGACUCGAUACGUAACUAUACUCUAGAGUUUGGUUAUUUAAUAUUUGAAAAAUAGAAUAAUAAAUUGUAUAAUAAAUAUCCUUGUCUGGUUAACUCUUACCUACCCCCGAGCUUAUAGGCAAUGGCUCUUUUCGAAUCGAGCGCAGGGCUUAAAAACAUGGGUUUCUACUUUUAAAAAUCAAUAUGUACGAAAAGUAGUAUAAAAUAGCCACUCCUAUAAGACACCAGCUAUGCCUGUACCCGAUCCUUUAUAUGUACAUGAUCUUGUAUCUACUUAUGUGACUGGUCCUGUGCCUAAGAUUUGAGUGGCGAUGGCAAAAAAAGAGCUAUUAAUGUGAUGAUGGAUAUUUUGAGCGGGACAAUUGAAUUGUCUACUUGUAUAAUUGGGAAACGAUUCAAGUUAAUUUAUAUUUUACCUUUAAAAAGUAUGAGUAUGUAGGUUUUUACUACAUACAUUUACGGCUGUACGUGCAUAAAACAUAUUUGCUGUGAUUGGUUAAUAUCAAUGGCACGACCUUGGUUUAUCAAAGAGUGAUUAGACGUUCUUACCACAUGAUUAACAAACAAUUUCUGGAACACACUCGUAUAAUAUUAAUAAUUUAAAAUGAUUUACAUCAUGUUAAAUUAAAAUAUGUCAAUAUACGAAAAUUAUUAAAGCUGUAUAUUUGGUAAAUAUAAAAACGGUGAAUAUUUGACGAAUACAUAAAAGUCAGAGUUCUCUUAUGUGCCGUCUUUACGGGAGCAACGGGGAAAAUCGUCCUCGUACUUUGAUUUAAGGAGGUCAUAGCUCCCGUACUUGAAUUAUAACGGAGGUAAAACGUAAAAAUAAUAUUUCGCUUUUGUAUAUAAAAAUGAUUUGAUUAUUAUUAUAGUAUUUAUAGUUGAUGAGUUUUGACAUGAAAGUGUUCAUCAAAACAACUUAUUGUCUAAUUAUGACUAGAGAUUAAAUACCACGAUUGUAACAUUAUAUGUGUAUAAAUAAUAUCUAUGUACAGCAGUUUAAAUUUUUUAUUUGCCCACGUGCUAAAAUCUAAAAGUCGGCGCCUAUGAGAAUACUUUGAAAAUACUCCUUGUUAAAUUAUUUUAUUUUACGGUUUUAGAAGCCGACUCAACUAUACAAUUUUUGGCAGCCAUUUUAAUGAUUUAUUUUAAAAUUGGAAGCCAAUUUAAUGGUGCUCAUUGUUGGGUGAGGUUUGAAUGACACCUCAAAACCUCAAGAGAUCAAAUCACAGGAGACCUAGAACCAGCUAUUUUAUAGUUUUAUACUGCUUUGGAAUAAGGAUGAAAUGUCAAAAAUAUAUGGUAUAUACCUAACAACUGAAAAAUAAACCGAAAUCAAAUUCAUCUAUAAGGCCUUAAAUUGGUUCGUGAUGUCAGAAUAUCAAUGGCGUAUUCAUUAAAUUAAUUUAUCGAACUAACCUAGUUAUUUAUUAUUUUGUAUAAAAUACUAUUUUCCAAAAACGUGCAUUAAAUUACCUAUAGGUACAUUGUUAUCAGAUAGUGGCUGUGAUACUACGAUUGCCGAUAACGGAAUACCGACCUGUGACUCAAUCUGGUUAUAACCACUGCAAAAAUUGCAUAACCACUCCGAUUGAUCAAAAAAAAUGAAUUACCUUGUAAUAAUAAUUAUUGUUAUUAUUACCAAUUUAAUAUUAUAUAAUGUGUGUGUGUGUGUGUGUGCUGCAGGUUUCGUCGGCCUUUACAGCAGCUGCUGCUGGUUAAUACGCCACACGCGCGUAUCCUAGUAAUAAAACGUCGUAUAUUAUGUCAUUUUACGACCGGCCAUUAUCACAGUCGUGCUCACAUGUAUUGGUUAGGUGAGGUUAGGUUAACAUUCGUUCAAAAAAAUAAAAGUAACACGCACAUGUACACGUAAUAUACACGAGUGUUUUCAGUUCUCGUCGUUCGAGUUAACGACGGUCCAUAAACUUUUCCCGACGGGAUACACCGUGCGUUUGUCCUCGUGAAACCGGCCGAUUCCCACAGUAGAAACUCGAAAAAUAUACUCACUUUAACUAGUUAUAUAGGUACCAUACUCUAUCAGUUAGAUACCCAUACAGGAUAUCAGUAGGAAAUUAUAGAAAAAGACACAAUUUUCCGAGUGGUCAUAUCGGCGCGUAUCUUAUCUCUAUAGUGUCGUCUUCUUUUCAAACAGUAAUUUAAACUUUUUUUUAACGUAAAACCCGCAUUUAUAAUGUCAAACGUGUCAAUCUCACAUUAUAAUAAGCCAAUGUUCGAGAUGGUAUGUGAUAUGGAUGAUAUGAAUAUCGAUUUAUUAAUUUCAAAUUAAUUUUUUUAAUAACGGUCCAAUAUUGAUAAUAAAAAUGCAUUGUAUGUAUAUUUACCAUAAUGCAAGCGAGGGCCUAGUUUCCUUUGGUACUAAAUAUUGGCGGCGUGAAAUUUUCAAUUUUACGUAGUAAUUUUUUCAUUUGAUUGGUUGCGGACUGGAGAAAUCUAUUGCCAGCUCCGUCUUUUAAAAAGCUGAUUUACCGCAAUAAGAAAUGUCAUGUUCUUAAAUUCUAGUAGGCCUGACGUGGCAUAUGUUAAACAUUACCCUAUCGUGUUUUGAACUUUUUGUGCAAAUAUUCGAUAAUAAUAAGUUAAGUUUGUAUAAUAAAAACAGAUCAAGUUUUCCAUUUAGUAAAAUGUUACCGGCUUUUUCAACGUCUAAUAUUAUACAAUUUUAAAAAUCGGAAAACUUGUUUAGGUUAUAUUCUUCUUUUCCUUGUGUUCUACAUUUAUUUUCCUGGUUUUUAUUUUUCCUUUGUUUCUUUAAUAACUUCUGGUUUUUUAAAACGAUUAAGUCGGAAAGAAUAAUUUAUUAUUGCUACCUACCUAUGUAAUAUAUUAUAACAUAAAAUAAGCUACAACGGACUUUAUAUAUGGUGUACCUACCCAUGUAUUUUUUGUUCACAAUUAAUUUUGAAUAUUCAUGCAAUUUUACCAUGUAACAUUAAAUUACAAUCAACGCUAUACUAUACGCCCCUUGGCUAUACCUACCCUUCCCUAUAUCCCCCCAACCCUAGUUGAACAUAUUUUAAUAUAUGGUACGAAACGCGUCAACGGUGAAUACAUAUAUGACUAUACACUUGAUCGAGUUCAUAAUCAAAAACCUACUUGAAAGGAUGACUUUACACAUGUAUCCAUUUAAAUGUACGAAACGAAAAUAUCGAAUAAUAUCGUUGGUUCUCCUCCAGUUAACGAUAAAUUUAAUUGUCCACUAGGUACAGCAAAGAUAGCUUAGCUGUUCGGUUCGGAUCGGAUUUGCGAGUCACCAGUCUAAAGGUUUCUAACGUUUCUCUAAAUCACUACCCACAAUCUAAAAAUGCGAUUAUUCUAAAAUCCCAAAAUCAUAUUAAUAUUGUGUUUCCUAUGCAUACAUAUUUAAAUAAAAUUGUUUACACAAGGUGCCUAUACUUAUUCUCAAAAGUAAUGUACAUUCCACAAAAAAUAUAUCAAAAUGCAUACGGUUUAGAUUUCCUAUAACAUUUUUCCGACUUUCAAUUUUAAAAGAUCCAUUAUAACAUACAUGACCGUUCAAACGCGAGAUGAUAAUCGGAUAUCGUUUGAAAUAUAUAUUUUCUUGGAGAAAAAGAUACGUUUUAUUUUUUUUUAUUAUAUUCUAAAUUUCAAGUCACGUUUUCUUUGAUCUUUAAAAAUAAUAACGAACCUAAACCUUGCAAAAAAAAAAAAAAAAAAAAGAAAAGGAAGAAGCCGUUUCAAAAUAAAGAAGAAUUACUAUUAAUAAUAAUAAUAAUAUUACGUACCUAUAAACAUAUAAAAACAUAAUUUUAAAACAAAAAUCAACAAAACAGACAUUACAAUAACUAAUUUAGACGGUAUUAAAAUAAAACUGCAUUUUCAUUGUUAUGUAUUUUAUAAGGUGCAUAUUUUUACGUUAAAGAUUUAUUAAAUCAUUAAAUUUUUAAAUGAUUCAUAAUAUGUUCAUUAAAUUUAGUGUUCCCCUAAAUUUGAGAUGACCAGUUAAUUAAAUUACAGAAUCGAAUUCUACCCAUUAAAUAUGUAAACAUCGGUUUAUCAGUAAACCAGGACUUAAAAGUUCUAUAGCCUAUAGAGUAUAAUAUAUAUUAUAUUUUUAUUGUUUAACAUAAUAUUACAUUGAAAAAUAGAUUAUUAACAGAAUGUACAUUUGAUUCAAUAGAUUAAACGAUUAUAUUUUAUCACUUUUCUGGGAAACCAAGUUAUAAACCUUCAAAAUAUAUGUCUGCAACCCAAAUGGGUCCUUAAAGUUAUUUAAUAGUCCAUUUAAUCCUAUUAUUAAAUAAAUUGAAUAUAAAUGUUGUAUGCAACUCAGCAAGCAUCUAUCUGAGCAAGUAUCUAAAUAUACAAUAUAAUAAAGCAAAUGUUCCUCUAAAUUUAAAAGGUAUAUGUGCACAGGUGCAUCCCUAUGUGAUGGAGACGAAGUAGACAAACCCCAUCGGUGCAUGAUAUGAUAAAGUUAAAAUUAAAAUUAGAGCGUUUUACAAGGCCUGAGAGUUGUUCAUAUGAAGUUAUUAAGUAAAAACGGCCAUGCACGUUUCCCAUAAAUGGGUAUAAGGUUAUUAGAUUAGAGGAAAUAUUUUAUCUUUAAGAUGGUCAUUAAAAUGUUUUCAAAUUUUCCAAAUUGGAGACGAUUUGAAAAUUCGGCUCAGUGAACCUUAUUAUAUAAAAUACUAAUUUUAGAAGCAAUUUUGAAGAUUUUUGAUGAGGUCAGGUUAGGUUAGCCCCCCUCAACCACCACCCAUGAAACUCUUACACGAUUUUUCAUUCCAUUUCUCCCUCCUCCGUAGUAUUGACUGGAAAUCAUGCCUUUAUAUUAUAUAUAAGAAGCUAAAUUUAAGUUACAUACCUUUGAACUAAAAACUAUAUAAUUUUAAAAGAAACGCGUGCAAAAAAUAUUACAGCCAAUUUAACUUUCGUUUUUUUUUCCAUUUGAAUAUAUUUUUAUUAUUCUUUUUGAGGCCAUAAAACAAACGUAUAAAUUAUAUAUAACCAAGAAAUAUGAACUCGAAAGUUUGCGUUGAAGUCGUUUCGAAAAAUAGCAACUGUGGUAAAUUAUUUAUAAUACGCUCGCUUUAUAAUUUCGCCUUUAUUAAAGUCCGAUCAAGUUAUGCAAUUGGUGCAGUUUAUUAAAAUAAAAUUCAUUGCUUUCAUUUAUUUAUACAUAUUUUACCUGGUGAGACAUCUUGGUAUCAAAAUAAAAUACAAUUAGAGUAGUAUUCUCAGUUUUUUUUUUACAGUUAUAGAAUUUGAAUAGAUACUUAACAUAGAUAGUAAUCUGUACAAUUAAGUCAAAUAAAUACAUUUUGUCUGUCAAUUUUUUAGAAAUUUUAACUUCAAUAAUUAAGUUAGUUUUAAAUAACAAAAUCGUAUCGAUUGUUAAAAAAUAUUUUUUAGAUUCUUUGUGUAUGAUAAGGAUAAUAGUAGCGAUCAAGUUAUGGGUUAAAUAUGUAUAUUAACCAUAAUUUUAAUGUUUUAUAUAAUAACUAAUAGCACUGAGUGUACCCCAGCAACAGCGCCAUUAUUAUCACGUUAAAUAAAUUCCAAUAAUCGACUUAUUUUAAAAUUGAAUAACAAAUUAUUUUCAGCACUUAUGAAAAAAAAUAACUGUAGAACGCAACUAUUUGACUUACUUUUAAUCUUUUAAUUUUAAUUCUAUUGAUUUAAUUAUUUUUCAAGCUAAACAAAUUGAACGUAAAGUCCCUAUUCCGACGCUCACGCUCUUUCUAUAAAUUGUUGACAAAGUAUACACAAAAUCGUAAACUUAUUAAUUUUAAUCAAAUUAUCGAACCGUACAUUUGUAUAAUAGUUAUAUUAUUUUAAGUGUAUCUCGUUUUUUAAUAAUUAUAUAACCCACGCACAUUGUCCAUAUUUAAUAUUCAAAACGUAUUAACGGAAAUUCAAAAUCGAUAAAAAAGCAAUUAGGUAUAAUUUAAUUACAUAAUAUUUUCCAGAAUACAUUUUUAAGAGUGGGUUUUUUUUUUUUUAAUUUAAUUAAUUGAAUAACUAUAAAAUGUUUGCCUCUAUGUAUAUACAAUGCAUACCUAAAGUAACAAAAAAAUUACACUUGACUUUGGUAAUAUUAUUAUGUUUGUAUUUUUACCAACGCAUGCAGUUUUCAAUUAAUAUAAAAUUGUUUACAAGCUUUAUUAUAACAUUUAUUUUCAAAAUUUUUACCACCUACUCCUUAAAUUUUACCUGAAAUUGAUAUAAACUUUUGAUUUUCUAACGGCAAUUCCGUUUCAAAAAAAAAAAAAAUAAGAUAUAUUCUACACAUUUUAAUAUUAUGCAUAACACUUUAUUGGAUAUUAUAUAACCGUUCAUAACUUCUAACGGUUUAAAUGGUAUUUCGGAAGAUUAUAGCGAUGCGGGGUAAUAAAUGGCAUAUCCACAAAUCACCUCAUACACUCACGCAUGACAUUGUAAACUAUAUUAUUAUAAUAUUCCGUACGGUGAUAAGGUUCUGCGAAUAUUUGUGUACCUAUUCGGUUUUCAAUUCGAUUUCUCAUUUUAUAGAGCACACUAUAUUAUUAGAUAUACAACAAUAUUCUUUUCUUUUUCCACGGGAUGAAUAAAGGACCCCUAUAAUAGAAUAAUAUUGUGUUAUGCGAUGUAUGUACCGGUGUCACGUCAUUUACGUAAAGAUAUCGCACGCAUAUUAUAUACAAAUCCAAUAUAGUUUUUCGAGGAAAAUAAAACGAGAACGGAAUUACAGACCCUUUUAAACAUCAUCAACCGUAAUGUUCUUAUUAUUCUAAGUGCAAAUUAUUAUCACUAUGAAAAAAAUAGUACAUUUAUGCAAUAAUAUCUGUUCAGUGGUUAUACUGCCUAUAUAUGAUAAAAUUCACAUAAAACCAUACAUAUAUGUAUUUUUAUUUUUUUAAAACCGCAGUUUUGCGGAAAUUCAUAUGUUACCAUAUACAAAACAAAGAUCAAACGUAUAGCUGUAAAUGUUUUAUUUAAAUAAAAGGGCAAAGUUAUUUUUUUAUUUUAUUUUUUUUUUUUUUAGCGUUCUGACUGUAAACAAUUUACAAAUACUAUAGGGAAAUAAUACAAGAUAAGUUUAUCGCAAAUAUUAUGUCUGUCAAGUUAUUAUAUAGAUAGGGUAGGUGUUUACUUUUAAACGAUUAUCUUUGUGGAUUUUUUGUAAUAGUUAAUUAUUUUAUACAUACCUGAUAAAAAGUAAUAAUCAUUCUGAUAUUAUUUAUAACAAUUCAGAAUAAUAAAUAAUUAAGGGAUACAAACAACCGGAUUAACUGUACACCAUGCUACUGUUUUAUUACAUGAGAAGUUGGGAAGGAAUGGGAUACAAAAUAAUUUGAUUUCUAUACCGGGGACAGCGAUAAAUCUUUGUUAUCAAAAAACAAUCCUGAGUUAAGCUCGAUAAACUGGUAUGACCGUAAGCAGGGACACCAUUUCAGUUUUUCAUUGAGUGCAAACAUUUUAAACAGGUCAAUUUUUCUGAGCAUUUUUUGUUCGCUUCACUCGCUUAUAUUCGUAUUUCCACUUUACGUUUUAAUAUUAAAAUACAAAAUUAUUUGACAUUACAAUAACAUUGAUACUAAACUAUGACAUGAGUUUCGACGAGCAUUGUUAUCUUGCUGGCAUACCUGUUAAUUUAGCCAUGAUAACAAUUAACAGUUGACAAUUAACCAUGGUAAAAAUUCCCUAUGUUUCAUUCUCAUAUCACAGACUGUCGGACUCCGGUAGGGGCGGCUAUUGACAAUGAUUCGAUUAUCUUAUGCAUUUUACAUAUGAUCAACAACGGCCCAAUUAUAACAAAUUAUGCGAGCCAAAAAAAAACAUUUAAAAACAUAGGACUGCCAAAGUAUAAUUUGAAUCCCUUAAAUGACACCCCUGACUAUAAGUCGUUAUUUAUUAUUAACCCUUUAUACCUACUCAGAAAUAAAAAAAAAAAAAAGUUUCGUAAUCUUUUGUUGUCAGUUUUUUUUUUUUAAUUUGUCUAAGAAACUGAUAAGAAUUUGUUUAAAAGUGUUCAAAUAAAAUACCGUCAAGUAAAAAAUCUACAUAUUUUAAAGUAUGAUGUAACCGAUUCAAUUUUUUUACUAGGUGACCGAUAAAGUUUUUUCCAAAAAAAAUUCAAUUAAGUGUAAAUAAUAGCUUCUUUGCUAUACACUAAAAAUCAAAAAUCAAAAAUUAUUUUAUUAAAUUCACGAAAUACUAUACCAGUAUUUUCAGAAAACAAAAUAAAAAAUGUGAAUUAUAUUCGGUGCUUAGCAAGGAAGCUAUUGGGUUUACAAUGCUGUUUAUUUCUUGUUUUUUUUCUCUCUGUUCUAGUCUGAGGACACGUUUUUUCCUAGUAAACUUGCUUUGAUGUAAAAGUGUAGCAACUUUUAUAAAAACUCAAGUCUUUUAGAUUGUACUUUUAAAAUGUCAUUUUUUGAUUUUCGACACAAUUUUUUAAAUAAAAUUACUUAAGUUGGAAAAAACAGGAAAACGUACAAUUUCACAAUUUCAUUAUUUUAUAAAAACACGAACGACGUUUUCUACCAGAAAAAAUUAUUUAAUAAAAAAAAUCACAAGAUACCUUUUUUGUUGCCUUUUUGAUUUACUUUCUGAUGGUAUCAUUACCAAAACUUCUGAGCCACUUUUGAGCUCUUAAGGAAUUUUAAUUUUUGGUAGUUUUUUUGCUAUAAUUUGGUUAUAAGUACACGUAGACUUGAAACUUGGUAAUAAUACUUAUAUUGGACUUACCUAAACAUAGUAAAGUUUCGAAAAUCAUCGGAAGACUUUUUUUUUUUUUUUUUAAUAAGAGUUUUGAAAUCAAAUUUAAACGACAAUCGCAAAAAAAAAUUACGGCACUUCAAAUUAUGUAUCACCGAACUGCGCUCAAAAUCAUUUUUCGUCAAGCAAUGGUUUAUCAUUGCUUACAGAUAUAAAUGAAAUAACCUUAUGUAUCCUACCUUCCCAACUUCUCACCUAUAACAGUGGCCGCUCCCAUCCCCUGUAUCAGUUCAAUUUUUUUUCUUUUGUUUUUACUAUAUACACAAUAAAACAAUAUUUUACUCUGUGACUCAUUGUAUGUGUUUGUGUUUUUUUUAAAAUCGUCAACUUUGGUGUUAUUAUUUUUUUUAAAUGUUAAAGUGCACGAGCAUUUUGAAGGAAAAAAAACAUAACGGAGGAAUUUUGUUAGUGAAUGUAUAAGAUACAAAACAAAUAUUUACGUUUAGUAUUUCCACAAAAAACACAAUAUAACAUUUUGUUAAUUCCGCAAAACUCCCAGUAGGUAUUUACUCGUAUAUAUAUAUAUAUAUAAAUGUAUAGAAAACCAAUACGAAAAUUUAUAAAAAUAAAUAAAAAAAUAAAAAUCGAAAAUUAACAAAAUUACUUUUAUUUAAUAAUCUGCAGUAUAAGUACGGAGAAAAAGUUCGAAUAAUUUACAGGAAUUUAUACAAAUUAUCAUAAAAACAUAAUUUAUAAUCCUGAGCAAACAUAAUGUAAUAAUUGAAAAUAUUUACCGUCUCAAACACAAUAAUCUCACAAUUAUUUUUAUUUUUAUUUCUCUAGAAAAUCUUCAGUAUUUGAGAUUGGGCGACAAUAAUUUACAUUCGAUACCGAGCGAUUCGCUCCGUCGUUUGCAUAGACUCAGACAUUUGGACCUCAAGGCUAACAACAUAUCGUUCAUCGCCGAAGACGCUUUCACGGGUUUCGGGGAUUCGAUCACGUUUUUGAAUUUACAAAAAAAUGAGUAAGUAUUUAAUAUAAAUUACCAAUCAGAAUGUCUAAUAAUUAAUAAUAAAAUAAUAUUUAUUUACUAUAUUUGUCUAAUAAUUGUGUACUAAUAAUAUAAUAACUCUCGGUCGCCGACGGAUAUAAAUUCGAUUCUAUAAUACUUUGUGCCACUUUUCUCAAUUAUUCGCACUUUAUUUAGAUUUGCGCACUAUGGUUCUCCGAAACAGUCGCUUUUCUCACUUUUAUUCUAUUAUUAUACCGUAAAGAAUGAAAUACAUUAUAUAUUUUAAAAAAAAACCGAAAUUUUAAAUUAAUUUUUAACUAAAUUACAUGAAUACGUAGUCUUUUGGAAGAAAAAAAUAUUCAUUGCGUCCAAACACAGGUUUUCAAACAAAAUAUUAAGUGAAAAACGUACAUCUAAAAAUUGUUGGAAAACCAUUUUGAAACAGUUUUCGACGUUUUUUUUCUUUACCACAACUCUAAAACUAAUGGUCGCCAGAACUAUUCUUCACAAUAAAAACAUGGUUAAGCUCUAAAUUGAAUCUAUCUUCUUCCUUUGCUCUACAGUUGAUAAAAACUAAAGAGCCUUUGUGAAAACUAUUAUAUUUUUUCCUAAAUCUGUUACCUAGUUGAAUAAGGUCUUCUUUUACUUCAUCCCUCCAUCGCUUUCUAGCUCUACCUCUUGGAAUCUUGGAUCAUCCCGGUUGGAUUAUAGCCGAUCGUUAUUUUUUAUUCUUUCCGUGUUCUCACUUUGAAUUGCCAUACCAUUCGUUUCUUUGACAUUUUAUCAAAUUUUGUGUACCUACCCCUUUUUGCAGCUCUUUAUUAUCGUAUUGCAUUAUCCAUUUUAUUCCUUCUCGUAUCUAAAAAUAAAUUUAUUUAUGCCAAAAUAAAAUUAAAAUUCAUAUUUCACAAAAUUUAAUUAUUUAUUUUUCUGUUUAGUAUCAAAACUUUACCGAUGAUGGCUUUCGAGAAUUUGAACUCGCUGGAAAUAUUCAAUCUUCAGAACAAUAAACUGACGCGAGUACCUGAAGAAGCGCUCGAAGCUAUCGUAGACACAGCCACUGUUAUUGAUAUAAUGGGUAAGUAUACAAUAUAUAUAUAUAUAUAUAUAUAUAUAUAUAUAUAUAUUUAUACAUACAUGAAAUACGAUAACGGUAGUUAUAACUCGGAUCAAAAGUUUUUCGGUGGUGUGUAUCAAAUAUCUGUAAUAUUGAAAAAUAAUAACUUUAAUAACGCAUGUAAUACAUUUAAUUAAUAUUUUCUUCAUUAAGAACCGGAUUAUUGUAAAAGUAUAAAAGACGGAGAUAUUUUGCAUCAGGCGUGGUCACUAUUAUGCACCCAUAAUAGAGAUAUUGGGAAAGUAGUAUAUAUAGGUUAAUAAUUUAAUUUUUAUCUAUAUGCAACGAUGAAUCAUUGCUAAUUAAAAACGAUUCUGAGCAAAUAUUGGUUAAUCAUCUUAUGAUAGACUUAAAGUGAAAAUUGUACAAAUUUGGAAAUGGCAAAUGUUUUUUUUUUUUUUUAAUUUAUAUUUUAUAAACAUAUAUAAAUAAAAAUAUUGAUUAAUUAACCCCAGGAAGCAUAAUUGUACAAAAUAAAUUAUAAUUGUCCGUCGAGUUUUUGAGAAUUUAUAUGAGACCAAAAAUGUUAUGUUCUACGAUGAAAUUCCGUGUGAUUUUAACAAUAUUUAUUAAAUUUUAAUUUAAAACAUUAACAAUAACAAAUCAUGAGUUUUGAUUUUUGGUAUUUUAAUAGUGCCGUAAGAACAACUUACAUCAUGAAACUUGUAAUACAUUUCUAAACAUUUUUGAAUUGCGAAAAAAUGAUACUCACAUAAGUCCAUAUAAAAACUAAAAAAACUAGAAAAUUUCAAAUAGCUAUAGAUAACUCAAAAAAACGUCAGAAAGUUUUGAAAAUACGCCAGUUAGACAAGAUUUAACACCCCUGAUGAUCAGUGCAAAAUGUCUGAUAGAAAAGUUAUUCGCUAACAAACAAAAAAUAGCGCACUGUAUGCCAAAGUCUUAAUCGUAAUUAAUAAUAAUUAUAUAGGUAUUAUCUAAAUACUAUUUAGAUUGCAUCGUUUUGAAAUCAAAAUAAUUGUUUUCCUUUUCCACGCCGUUGAAAAUAAUGUUAGGUUAUAAAUCUAAACAUAGCAAAUAUUUCAAAAACAAUAUCUAGUGACAAUAUAUUUUACCCUAAUGCAUUUUGAAAAUAACAAAAUAUCUAUUCCGAGAUAAAGGAACAUACUGUAAGUAGGUAAGGCACUGAUAAUAAAAAAAAAACAUGAACGAACCCUAUAAUAAUAUUAAUGACCACAAUAUUAUUCGUUUCGGGCGCCUCUGCAUCCGUAAAUCGGUAGAUUCGGUUGGACAGAAAAUGACCCUUUUCGCAAAGUGUCCCACAAAAGUCUUAUUCGUUUCAGAUAACCCGUUGAUUUGUGACUGCGAGCUACGCUGGUACAGGGAUUGGCUGAAAGAAUUACGGCACAAGGACGACGAUGACAUUAUCCAAAAGAAACACAUACUGUGCCUCAUGGAAUCAGAACACAGGUUUGUAUGAUAUUUAUUUUUAUUAUACUUGAAUCGAUAACACGGGUUACGUUGACCUAAAUAGCAUUUCAAUUUUUCCUGGACGUAAAUAAAGAAAAAUAUAAAUUAAUAAAAACAGGUAUUGUCAAAGACCAUAAAUUCAUAUCGUGGACUUUUUGAUAUAGACUGGGUCAAUACCCAGUACUGGUAUUUAAUAUUUAAAAGUCGCUAACUGGGAAGUUUGAAUACUUCUGCAGGUGUGCUGUGGUUAUUUUUUAAAUGUUGAAAGCUACGAUAAAUCUCCGUGUCCAAAAAACAGUUUCGAACAAUGCCCAAAAUAUUUAUUUUGUUAAAAACUCGAAUGUCGUAAAUUUCACCGACUUUUCAUUCAUUUAUUUAUUUUUCUUUUUUACAGUACUUUUUUCCGACACCCAAGGGGAAACCUUUGUGAAAAAUUACCUCUCUAAAUACGUAAACAGUAUAGGUAUCAGCGAUUGUUAAUUUUUGCCUACCUAGUACCUAUGUACAUUUUACUUACGAAAUUUUUUCGGGUGUUUUACCGUUUCAAAAGACAUGUGUUUACACAACUGAGUGGAUAAAAAAAUUGAAUGUAUUAUAAAACGAAGUAACUAUAGGUGUAUACUUGGAAUCAAAGCUACGAAAGUGGUGACAACGGUAUCUCAAUACAUACGGAAUUACAUUUCAGAGAUAAUAUGUCACUCGUGCGAUAUUUUAUCUUCUUCCAAAAUCUCAAAGCCAUUAAUCACACGACUACAGUGUUCGAAAAACGAUUUUGGGCGUAAGUAUUAAGUGCGAAUUCGAUCGUAAAUCUAUAGUCGUAAUUUGUGAUUUUCAGUCAAAUAAAACGGAAAUCAAGCGAAUAGAGGAUUUUGUCCGAAUGAGGGUUUACAAAAUAUUAUUUAAGUAAACUUAUAGUAUUUAUCUAUUGCAUUUAGCCAAUAAGCCUGCGAAAAAAAUGUAUUUCAAAGACUAAAAAUAAAUCAUAUUAUCAUCAAGUUCUUUCAAUCCUAAAAAAUAUCAUGUUCAAAAAUCCAUAGUGAAAUUUUGACUCCCACUAUACGAAAGGGUGUCCCACCAAACGGUGGGUACCUAAACAGGUGAUUUUUUUUUUUUAUCAUGAUUUUAAGUGAAUUUGAUUUCUGUUUUUUUUAAUUAUUUUGGAUUCAUCGUUUAAGCUUUAUUUUAAAACCACUUUUAAUUUUUACCUCUACUAGAUAUAUUUUCUUCCUAUUUGAAAAAGCAAUGUGCAUACUUAUUUAAAGUCCAUGGCGUAAGGAUUAAUUAUUUACUCCAUUAAUAUGGUUUAAAAAAUAAAGCUUAAACUUUUACACAAUGAUUAAAAAAAAAAAAAAACAGAAAUAAAAUGCACUUAAAAUCCUCUAAGAAAAUUGCUUAUUUACGAUGAAAAUUCACUCUGUAUAUCAAUUAUAACUUUUAGCUACCACCGAAGUUAUUUCGACGUACUGCAGACGAAACCAAACGUUUGGAUAAAUACAUAUAAUUACAAACGUUUUGAUUACGAAUUAGUAUUAGUAUUUUAUACACAAAUCGGAACGCGUGCCUUAAUUCGCAAUACCAUAAUAUUUCCUCGAAAUUUAUAAAUUAGGUUUGGUUCCAUAUAAAUAAAACCUUAGUGUCAGUAGACUAUACCUUUUACAUCAUUUGCCUGAUAAAAAAAAAUCAGAAACACUUAAUACUCAAAAAGGGAUGACGAGGGAAGAAAAAAUAUAUUUUCUUUUUUUCACUUAUAUUAAGUCGUAUUGGUAUUAUGGUAAAAUUAAUACUCUUUCAUUAAUAUUUUUUUUAAAUCAAAAAAUAUUUUUUUCCCAGAUUCUUUGUCUUUUUUAAUCAUCAGAUGUUGUCCGAUUAAUUUUUGCUCAAAACACAGUCUACUAAUUAAUAGGCCUAUGUAAACUACAUAAUAUUAUACAAUAUUAUAUGCUUGUUCGCUGAUAAAAUAAUUUCUCGAUUAGAACUAAGUGUAAAACGCAUAUUAUUAUUAUUAUUGUGAUGGUAAUACUAAAAUAUGCUCGAAAGAUUUUUUCACAUUAGUUUUAAAUCUCUUCUCAGAGAAUUUGAUCGAAUUUACUUAUACUAUAUAUGAUUUAAAAUAAUAAUAUUCUCUUUGUGCGUUAAUUUUAGAGGUGUAUUUCAAAUCUGAAACCAGAUUUAUUGGUAGGUAUCUACUACAUAUUUUAUCUUUAUGGUAAUGUUAUACGUAUAAUAUAAAAUAAAGAAGAAAAUAUUUUUAAACAAAUAUGGUAAAUGUAUAGUGUAAAUAUUUUAGUUUUGUUUUUUAAAUUUAUAAGCGGGGAAAAAAAUAGAAUGACGCGAUAAAGAAAAUCCGAGAACAAGCAUAAAAUUUGCAUAACAAAUCUAUAAUGUGCAUACGAAAUCGCGUGGUGUUUCCUUUGAAAUUAAUGAUUUGUCACUCUUAUAAAUGGUAAUGUGUUCCGUAUUAAAACAAAAGUGCAAAAAAAAAACCAAAUCUCCGUUGCAAUAAUAAUAAUUUUAAAAUAUCAACAUGAUGUAAGUGCCUAUUCAAGUUUUUUACAAACACGAUAAUUAAUACGAUGAUAACGAUCGAAUUUCAUGUACGUAACGCGUUUAAAGUGUGUCGGGUUUGCGUAAUUUGUUUUAUUUUUUAAUCAUAAUACAUAUUUCAUAAUGCCAAAACUCCAUGCAAAAUGUUAUUGUUUCUAACCUAAAUUCAGAAACUGUAAAAAAAAAGACUACGGAAAGCUUAAAUAUAGAGAAUUCUAAUCCUAAGCUAGAGUAUAUGUAACAUAAACGAUAGGAAAAAACAAAAGUAAUAGAACACUUUGGUGAGUGAAGAACAGGGCCACAGGCAGAGUGAACAAGCUUUGAAAAAGUGGAGACAUUCAAGUACCUUAUUGGAGUAAAUUAAUUGAACCAAAACAGUGAUUUCAAUUUCAAGUAUCUACUUUUUCUAUUCCUUUGUUGUAUUAAAUAGGUGUAACGUUAUAAUACAUAAUAAAUUAAUAUCGUUUACUGUAAUAUAGUAUUAUUGCUAAAAUAUCGACGAUAUAAGAAUGUAUUCAGAAUAGAAAGCCCUCUGGAAAAUCCGAGGAUAAAAUUAAAAGACGUUGUAAAAAGUAUAUGGAACCUUUUAAGAGGUGAUUUUGGCGAUGUAUAUGUAGAGAUAGCUGAGUGAUCGGUCGCAGAUUGGAUGGUCUAAUAAACCUCAAAAAUAGUAAGAAUCAUUAUCAAAAUAUCAAGAGAACUGCGUAGCACGUCCGGUAUUUAAGUGGCGAGUUGCAAUUUUAACGAAACUAUUUAAGAAAAUAGAAUUAUAGGAGUAUUUCGCAUUUAAUAUCGUAGCCCCGUAGGUACCUAUACAAUCCAAUUAAAUAGGUCAAUUAAUUCCGCCAUAAUAUUAUACGCCACGAGUCGAGACACCUUUUGUUUGUAAACGAUUGAAAUAUCAUUGGAAAUAAUUACAUUUCCAUACAGACCCGAAUUUCAUAUUUUAAUUACGUCGUUCUACCUAUAUAAAAACAUAAUAUUAAAUUGCCUAACCUUUGGACGUACAAUAGAUAUUUUUUUAAUUUCUUAUUAGGACGACCGUUUGUUUUUGCAAAACCUAAUCUUAUAAUAUCAACAGUUUUUACACGUUCACUAUACAAUUAUAUAUAAUACACGUAUGUAAUUAAAUUAAUAGACAAAUAAAAAAUGUUAUAAAUUAAAUAUAGAUACUUUCAAUUAAGAGUAUUUGCGUUGAAAAUACCAACGAUAUAAUAUAAUAUUACGGACGCAUGUGCAAUGAAAAAUAUACCCUUUCUAUUAUACUUAUGACCAGGCUGCGCAUUCGGACUUGAAUCGAAUUGACAGUAGGUGAGUACUGCAAGACUUAAUAGCACAUACUUCUUGGCCGUUUUUACCGUUCGGCUAUAAUAAUAAAUGUACUUACCUCGAAAUAUGCAUGGAUUAUAUAAAACUUUCAGCGAUGGAUAGUAUCACAAUUUUUAAAGAUCCGAUAGUGUAUAGUCAUUGUUUUUAGGGCAAUAAAAGAUUGAUGUAAUUUUUUUUUCGCUAUAUUUAAACCAUUAUAGUACCUACCUAAUACUAAUUAACUACUGUAUUAUGAAAUUCAAUAUAACCAUAGAACACAUUUCAUUUAGGAAACCACGCGAUUAAAGUUAUAAAUAUACCGUUUUUUAAAUAAUGUUUCUAAAAAUGUAAAGAUAUGUCUCUUCUGGUUUCAAGAUAUGUACGUUUUUAACAAAGUUUUUAGUAUUUACACUGAUUCAAGCAACCGGUUAUUUUUCGUUCAAAUAAAAUACUAUCGGAAAAUUCGCAUAUUUUAUGUUAUCGCAAACAAAUUUUCGGAGGAUUUCUUUUUUUUUUUUCCGGACAGAUUCGCAAUGUGUUGUUCGAAACAGAUAGGAUUCUUGCUGUAUCAGUGACGAAACGAUCGCGUUUGCUUCUCGGAUAUUUCAUACAAAUUAUUAGGGAUGAGUUCUUGGUGUUCAAUAUGAAAACCAUCAAAUAUUAAUACUAUAGUUAACUACUAUUUUUUUAUUCCUAUUAUUAUCAUUAAACAUAGGGUAAAAUAUUAAAUAUUCGGUGGUUGGAUCAGUAGGUGGAUUAUAGGUUGUGCUUGAGUUAUUUUAGAUUUGUUUCGCCACUGCGGCUAUAGAGAAGAAAUCGUAUUACAGAUUUACAGCCCAUCCGGAUGACAUUAUUUACAUACCGAACCGUAGUGCAAAAACGACUACAAUACAAACUAUUCAGUACGAUUAUUACAAUAUUCAUAAGAAGAAUGAGUUGGAGCGUUUAGACUCUGAUUAAUAAUAAUAUUAUUAUAAGACGUUUUCGGCCUGAUAUAAAUAUAACAACAACAUAUUCAAGUGAAUAUUUUUUGCCUCGAAAACGUUUAAAACUUGAAGGCCUGCGAUAUUUAUUUUAAUUUUAAUUUUAUGUUUAUUUCAGAAAAUAAUAAUGCACCCCACUAAGCAUGCUCGUUUGGAGGCCCAUUAAAACUUAGCGUUCAUCUUAAUUGCAUUUACUAUUUAUUACAUUUAUAUUAAAUAAAUGAUAACAAUUUUAAAACAUGUUAGAUCAUAACUUAUAAUCUAUGUUUGUUGUUCUUCAAUAACAUACGAGUUAAUAUUAGAUCUAAAUAUACUUAAAACUAUAAAGACAAUUCUUUCAUUAAAUCCACAGUUUGUUUAAUUAACCAAUUAUUUAAGCAUAUUUUUUAAUGAGUUUACAGCUUUUAUUAUUGCGUCAUUACUUAUAUAGUUAUAAUUAUUUAAGUUAUGUGUUAUUUAAUUAAAUUCGUAGAUUUUUUUCUUUUACUUUGUACAGUGACUGAUUGCUUUUUAACUAUUAUUUGUUGUUGUUUUGUGCUUUUUUGAUGUCAAAUUCGUAAUAUGUUAUUUUGGCUCUCCUAAUAGAUUGAGUAGGAACAUUUCUAAAUUUAUAAAAGUAAACUUUUAAUGAAGCAUUAUCUGAGUGAUUUUUAGUCUGACUAUGUAGAUAAUCUCUACGUCGUAUUGAUAAAACAAUUGCUGUGAUAAACCCGGGUUUUAUUUUCUGGUUCUUAAUGAAAUUUGCAUUAUAUCAGUUGAUUCAGCUUUUAAGGUAAAUAAUUGAUUUAUGAAAUCUUCUGUGACUGUAUUUACAUCCGGAUUAUUUAGUAUUUUGUCCCAAUCUUGUUUUGAAAGUUUCUCAGAGAAUGAAUUUUGAUUAAAUGUAUGAACUGUUUUUGAGUUUGGAUGAUUUUUUCGGAUGUUUGAGGUAUGACUGAUAUUUAAUAUUUUAGAAUAAUGAUCUGUAAUUGUUGUGUGGGUGAUAUAUAAUAAAGUAUUUUAGUAUAAUAGGUGGUGUAUUCUGGUAUGCGAAAUCUAUUAGGGUCAAUAUCCUGUAAACUAAGCCAAGCCUCAGUUAAAAUAAUAACGUAAAUUUAAAAUUUUGCAUUAUCAAUAUGAAUGCAUAAUUCAUCAAAAUUUUAGAUAUGCUUCGUAUGUUAAGUAAUAGAAUAUUCAUUGGAUAUGUAUUGUUUAGUUUUUUAUUGAAGUUUAACCAAGUUCCACUGAAUAUUUCGUAAUCGUUAAAAUGUAUACUACAAAAUGUUGUACUAUUAUCGAAUGUCAUCAUUUUUGAAACGAAAAGUUUUACAUACUUAUUGAUUUUGUUGUAAAAUAAAUAGGUAACAACAAACUACUGUGGUCUAACAUUCGAUAACAUACUACCGUAAAAAUCAAUAAUAAAUAACUUAACUAUGACUAUAUUAUUUACAUUUAAAGAUGUGAUAAACGUAAUGAGUGAUUUAUAAUAAGUAAUGUGAUCUAAUAUCAUAAAUUGAUUGAAUGGAAAUAUUUGUGCAUACACAUAUUAUACAAUAAACCUUAGAUAAUAAUGUUUAAUUAUAAAUGCGUAUAUGUUAAAUUCUAAUAUAACUCUCAUUAGAGUUAAAAGACAAUUAGAUUGAUAUCUCUGAGUGGUAUGGAAAUAAAUAUAAUGAAUGAUGUUUGAGUUGAGAUUAAAAGCCAUUUACAAAAUUGAAAAUAAUAUUAAUUUAGGAUAGUUACAAUAUACUUACAAUUUAUCAAAAUCUAAAAUAUUUCGAAUGUUGAUGAUUUUAGAGUUUUCGGUUUUUCUUAUCAGAAGUCGUUAGAUAUCCAUAUAUAUUUGUAUUCAUAUAUAACUUGUCUUGUUUUGGCGAGUAAUAUUCUCUUUUACCUGGUUAAAUAUUAAUUUAUGAAGAUUUAAAUAUUGCUAAACUAAUUGUUAACUAUCAUAUUUGCAUUCAGUUGUUUUGCUUUAGCUGCAAGUUUAAAAUUUCUUCUAACUUCUUUGCUUUCCAAUUUCGCAAUUAUUACGCGAUUAUUUAAUUUUUCUCUUAUUACUCUAACGGCUUUUGGGGCCGUUAACUCAACAUAACAUUUUUUCCUAAUUUCAAUUACUAUAUUAGCACAAUUUUUAUUAUCCGGUUUUGGUGUUUCAAUUAUAUCCAUUUUUAAAUGUUAUGUAUUGAAAAAAAUUUAUUUGCAUUUCAGAAAUCUACAGAAUUUCAACAGCGCACUAACGAUAGCGAUUAUAUUAAUAAAAAUUACGUGAAAUUGUUUUGUUUCUACAGGGAGUAUAGCGUGCUGAAUUUGCCGGUGGAUCGAAUGAACUGCGUGGGGAAAAAAUACCAGUCGUCAGCCAACGGAAUCGGCGAGGCUCAGGUCCUGUCACGUCUCCUGAUGGUCUCCGUCUUCGUCGUGCACCGGUUCAAAUGA